GUUGGUUGGUUUUUUUUUUUUUUUUUUUUUUUUUUUCCCUCCCUCCUUGGUUAUUUGCAGCAAACAGAGUCUAGGUGGAAGGUCUGAGCUGAACAAGUGGUUGCUCCUGGGGUGAAAGGGAGUUGUUUGGCACUUCCCCGAGCCGGGUGCUGUCCCCUGUCCCUCCUCACAGCGUGGGGCUGCUCUGCGCCCGAGCCCCCCCACCGCCACCCCCAUGGGGGAUGACAUCGACUGGCUGGACCUGCCGGGCAGGUGGACCUACGGAGUCUGCGGGGAUGGGCGCAUCUUCUUCAUCAACGACGAGACCAAGUCCACGAGUUGGGUGCACCCCAGCACAGGCUACUCCAUCCAGAGCGGGCACUUCUCCUGCGCCGGGCUUCCCCGAGGCUGGGAGGUGGACACCACGCUGCACGGGGGCUUCUACUUCAUCAACCACAAUGAAAGGCGGAACACGUUCCUGCACCCAGUGACGGGACAGGUCCCCGAGGACAACUCAAGACUUGACUUGCAAAAACCGACCUUGGACAUGUCAAGCAAAGCGGGCAGCAAGCGACCGGCGCCCAUCACCAGCGAGCCCUCCAACCACGCCAUGGUGUCGGAGGUGCCCCCGGAGCGCCCCGGAGGCCGGGUGGGUGCCCGGAACCGUGCGACACGACAAGCGACAGCGGAGAUGGGGUGCCGGGGGUCCCCCCGGGGACUGAGCGGCUCCUCUCCCCCUCUGCAGGCUUCGCGCUCCUCCCGCAAAGGCAUCGCCUUCGGGAAGCGCUCCAAUUCCAUGAAGAGGAACCCCAACGCUGCCGUGACCAAAAGCGGCUGGCUCUACAAGCAGGCCAGCUCGGGGGUGAAGCAGUGGAACAAGCGCUGGUUCGUGCUGGUGGAUCGCUGCCUCUUCUACUACAAAGAUGAGAAGGAGGAGAGCAUCCUGGGCAGCAUCCCCCUCCUCAGCUUCCGCGUGGCAGCCGUGCAGCCCUCUGACAACAUCAGCAGGAAGCACACGUUCAAGGUGACGGUGUGCUGGGUGGAGGAGAUGCCGGCGAGUAACGAGCAGUCCCUGUCUCCCCAGGCCGAGCACGCUGGCAUCCGGACCUACUUCUUCAGCGCCGAGAACACGGAGGAGCAGGAGUCCUGGAUCCAAGCCAUGGGCGAAGCCGCCCGGGUGCAGAUCCCCCCGACCCAGAGGCAUGAGAAGCCAGACUCUGAAAACAUCCCCCCCAGCAAACACCACCACCACCACUGCAACGCCGCCCACCGCGAGCACCCCAAAGCUGACCCCGAUGCCAAGACCCGGGGGGAAGGCGACGGCCGUGGCUCCGAGAAGAUCGAGAGGAAGUCGGAGAGGAUGGAGGGCAAGAAGGAGCCCUUGGCCAAAGCCAACGGCAUCGCCGGGCAGGAGGUGCCCUCGGAGCCUGGCAGUCCUUACCCCGAGGCACCCCGGGUACCGGCGAGCGGGGAGCGGCCGCCGCAGCCCAACGGCUGGCCGUACUCGUCGCCCAGCCGCCCCGGCAGCACCGCGUACCCCCCACCCGACGGGGAGAGCGUGACCCUCCGCCGGGGCUUUGCCCCCCGCACCAACCCUGACAAGAUCGCCCAGCGCAAGAGCUCGAUGACGCAGCUGCAGCAGUGGGUCAACUCGCGCCGGGGGGCCGUGCCCCCCGAGGAGCUGCGGAGCCCCACCAGGUUUUACCCCGUGUCUCGCCGGGUGCCCGACUACUAUUCCCCCUACUCGCCCCAGUACCCUGAGGACUACCAGUACUACCCGCCCGGGGUGCGCCCCGACAGCAUCUGCUCCAUGCCCGCCUACGAGCGGGUGAGCCCGCCCUGGGCGCUGGAGGACAAGCGCCAUUCCUUCCGCAACGGGGGCACCUACCAGCUCCGUGACUGGAAGGAACACCCCAGUUUUGGCCGGCAAGACGUCCCGCUCUGGCUUCCCGGGCCUGGGAGGCAGCCGACCUACUUGGACGAGGUGGAUGCAGCCUCGGGCUCUCUGCAACGGAUGUCGCUGCAGCCCCGCUCCCGCUCCGUGCCCCGCUCGCCCAGCCAGGGCUCCUACAGCCGGGCACGGGUCUACUCCCCGGUCCGCUCGCCCAGCGCCCGCUUCGAGCGGCUGCCGCCCCGGGGAGAGGAGAUUUACGCCGACCCCGCCACCUUCAUGAUGCGGCGAUCCAUCAGUUCUCCAAAGUACGACUAUCUGGGUGACAGACGGCCCGUCCCUGCCGGAAUGUACCCGUACCACUACCCAGCAUCCCCCACCGUCCAUGACAAAAUGAUGAGUGAGAGCGAAACCCUGAUCAGUAUGGUGAACAGGAUGGUGGAGACCUCCUCCCCUAGGGCCCAGCUCUACAUGCAAGUGACACCUUUCCCGGAGGCCUACAGGGAGACACUGCAUGCCUACAAGAUAAGCGAGCAAGACACCGAUAAGCUGCUGGGGAAGCUCUGUGAGCAGAACAAGGUGCUGCGGGAGCAGGAGAGGCUGGUGCAGCAGCUCCGAGCGGAGAAGGAGAGCCUGGAGAGUGCCCUAAUGGGGACGCACCAGGAGCUGGAGAUGUUUGGGAGCCAGCCUGCCUACCCGGAGAAGCUGCUGCACAAGAAGGAGUCGCUCCAGAACCAGCUCAUCAACAUCCGCGUGGAGCUGUCGCAGGCCAGCACGGCCUUGGCGAACAGCACCGCCGAGUAUGAGAGCCUGGAGAGCGAGGUGUCCGCCCUGCACGACGACCUCUGGGAGCAACUGAACCUGGAUAUCCAGAAUGAAAUGCUCAACCGGCAGAUCCAGAAGGAGAUCUGGCGGAUCCAGGACGUGAUGGAGGGGCUGAGGAAGAACAACCCGUCCCGCGGCACGGACACUGCCAAGCACCGAGUGGCCAUCGGCCCCUCGGGGACGUACAGCUCCAACAGCCCCGCCAGCCCCCUGAGCUCCGCCAGCCUCACCAGCCCCCUCAGCCCUUUCUCCCUCGUCUCCGGCUCCCAGGGCUCACCCACCAAGCCAGGACCCAGCGAGGAACCAGGCCCGCCUCGACCUCCCCUCCCCAAGUCCUACGUACCCCUGGAGUCUCCUCCGACCGUUCCUCCGCUCCCCGGCGAGAGCCGGCUCUGGCCGUACCCCACCUCCCCUUCCUGGCAGCAAGGCGGCGAGGCGAAGAGGGGACAGCCCAAGCCAAGCUUCGAGCAGAGCAAAAAAGAGGCGCAGCGACCGGCCCCCCCCGGGCCCCCCACCGAGGGGCUCCUGCAGAGCCGGCAGGAGCAAGAGGCGGAGAAGCAAGCAGCUCUCAACAAGGUGGGCAUCGUCCCCCCCAGGACCAAAUCUCCAGCGGAGGAGGUGUUGCCUGCGGCCGGCGUGGCAAGGAGGAGUACUGGCGGCAUGGCCAACGGGCUCAGCUCGCGGGUAGGGGUGCCUGACCUUGGGGCUGGGCUUCCCCCCCCCCCCCAGGAGAGGCCGAAGAGCGCCGUGUUCGCCAACGAGACGAAGGUGAAGAUGAGUGUGGAGGAGCAGAUCGACCGCAUGAAGCGCCACCAGAGCGGCUCGAUGAAGGAGAAGCGGCGCAGCCUGCAGCUCCCCGGCAGCCAGCAGCCCGAGACCCCCGGCGCGAAGGCACCCACCUCCUACAAGGUGGUGCGCCGGCACCGCAGCAUCCAUGAGGUGGAUAUCUCCGACCUGGAGGCAGCCCUGCGUUCCGACGACCCCGGCAAAGUCUACGAGACGCCCCAGGAAGAAAUCGCCCGGCUGCGCAAGAUGGAGCUGGAGCCGCAGCACUAUGACGUGGACAUCAACAAGGAGCUCUCCACGCCGGACAAAGUCCUCAUCCCUGAGCGGUACGUCGAACUGGAGCCCGACACACCGCUCAGCCCCGAGGAGAUGAAGGAGAAGCAGAAGAAGGUGGAAAGGAUCAAGACCCUCAUUGCCAAAUCCAGCCUGCAGAACGUCAUCCCCCUGGGCGAGGGGGAGGUGGACACCCCCCAGGACCCCGAGACCCAGUUGCAGGAGCAGGAGAAGAGGAUCGAGAUCUCGUGUGCUCUGGCUGCUGAGGCCUCUCGCCGGGGCCGCAUGCUCUCGGCUCAAUGCGCUACCCCAAGCCCUCCCACCUCCCCAGCCUCCCCGACUCCACCGACCAACCCCCUCUCGUCUGAAAUAUCCCGGGUCGCCGACAACAGCCAUUUUAUGCGUGUCUGAGCCAUGAACUCAAGCCCUGGCUGCUGCCGGCGCCACCAAGUUCCACGGGGCCACGUUUUAGCACCCCGACGCGACACCGAACCUCUCGCCAUCAUUUUCGGUUCUCCUGGACCCCCCCCCCCAUUUCCCUCCCACCGACGGCGAGACCACCCGGCACGGCCGAGCGGGGAGAUGCGUCGCCGACAACACCAACCGCUCUGCCCCGUCCCGGAGGAGACGUGCGGGUGCUGGGUGGGGGGGUUUCCACCGGAGUGUGGUCCCCGAGGAGCCCCUGGGCUGCCAGCUAGCAUGGGGACAGAUCCACAGUGUCCUGGGCAUCAGGCCUGCGUGGACGACCAGACAGGGGCAUCUGCAGCAGCGGCAGCCGGCACAGCGGCCACCCCCCUGCCAGGGCAUCCCUGGGGGGAGCGCAGGACCCCCCCGCCCCGGGUUCCUCACGCUGAUGCGUUGGUCUCCCAAAGGUCUGUGAAGGGGCUCUUCUGGGUGGAGAUCAGCCAGUUCCCACCACGGAUGGUGCUUCCACCUUGCACUGGACCUGGGGAUGCUCCGUCUCUGCCCCUCGGGCGCCUCUUCUCCUCCCUGUGCCCUGAACCCGCUUUUAGCAUCCGUCUGGCUGGGGGUAGUUGCCGGCAGAGCCUGGUCUGUCCCGUCGCUCCUCGCGCUGGUGGCUCAGCGGGGAGGAAGAAGGAGCCGUGUUGGGAACAGGACGGAUGGAGGUGGGACUUGGCGGGGGGGGGGGGUGGAGAAUGGGGGGGUGUGACGGGACAUAGGGGUGCUGUGCUCGGGGUCAGGGUGGUGCAAGGGCUGCCCGGGGCACCGGUGCGCCGCUGGCACGGAGCAGGAGGUCUGGGCAGGGACGUUGCACGGGAGCUAGGGAGCGGUGCGGGGAGCUGGGGUGCGAGGUGGGACAGCGAAGCCACGGGCUCGGCAGGGGAUCCCUCUGCGGUGGGUGGGGACGGUGACGAGAAGGGGAAGGGGCUUGGGGCCAGGAGGCAGCAGCGGGGCUCGUCCUCGGUGUGGGGAGCUGCCCCCCCCCCACCCCUUCAUCACCCCUGUCUCGACCCCUUUGAAAAUCUGGCAUCGCGUCUCACCUCAAGACCUUGCCAUUGCACUCCAGACCCUGCGAUUUGUUUUGUUUUCUUUUCUUUUCUUUUCUUUUCUUUCCUGUAAGUUUACCCUUUACUUUAGUUAUCUGGAGGGAGAAAAAAAGCUGGUUCUGCCCGGAAAAACAGAAUCCCACGCGAGGUUGUGAGGUUGGCAGGGCUGCCCCGACAGGGCUGGGGCGGGCAGGGCGGGUGGAGCGAGGAGCUAGAUACUGUCCCUCCUGCAGCUGUGUCCCUACGGGCCUCAUCCUGACACCCACCAGGACCCCUGCCCCGCGCUCCCCCCUCUGUGUCCCCAUCGCCCCCCGUGCGCCCCAUCGUAGCAAUACUGGUAGGAUCCCAGGAGCCCCGAGUCCUCCCGCAGCCCCCUUUAGCUCAUAAAGCUGGCCCUUUAUUUUGCUAUUACAUGCCUUAAUAUAUGUUUUAUGGAAAUUAUACAUUUAUAAUAUAUAUCUAUAUUUGUUUUUCUCUUCUUUUCUGGGAGGUACUGUUUUGUGCUAAGCUCUCUCUCCGCAGGGUUGUUGGCACCAGCCCUGCCAAUGAGUUACAAAAGCAGAUUCUUUGCCAAUUUAUCAGAAAAAAAAAAGAAAAAGAAAAAAAAAAAAAAGAAAAAACCUAUUUAAAAUAUAUAUAUUUUUUCUGCUUUUAUUAAAAGCAAAUUUAUUUAAAAUAAAAUAUAAAGAGACUGUAAGUUUGAAGAGAUGACGCGUUUAUUUCCCUGUCCCUGAGCGCAGUGGCGGGGCGGCCGGGGCGGGCUCCCCAGCUCGUGUAACCGGGGCAGACCCCCCCUUACACCGGCUGCGGGGACACCGCCGGGGGCCGCGGCGCACGGCUGUGGCCCACGCAGAGGCUGUGCUGCCCGGCGAGGAGCCGAGGGGACACGCAGACCCCAUAGGCAGCAAUUCCUCCCUUCCCUGGGGACCGGAGGGGACGAGGAGCGUCCCGGUGCUCCCGUCCCCGGGGUGCCCGGAGCCGUGCCGCGGUAGCCGGGUCUGAGCCUUCCCCAAGCUGUGAGCACAGCCCGGUGCACCAGGACCCCGCAGCUGCCCUAUUGUGGAACCCGGUGGUCAUUAUUUUUAUUUUUUUUUUUUUAAACAAACAAACAAACAAAC